ACAGACGCUGGCUUCACAAAGAUUGAUACCAGUAGCUUGUCCUCGACGGAAGCGACUCGCGCUCCAGCGGACACAAACGGUUUUGAUGGUUUUAAUCCAGCCACGGAUGCAUUUGGUGCGGAUGUAGCUUUUCCAACAGAGUCAUUUAGCUCCAACGUCGCUGAUGCUUUUGGGUCGUCAGCCUCUGAUGGGUUUGGCUUUGGAACUUCCUGUCCGGUUCCAAUAGGGGGCUUGCAGCAAGCGCAGCAGCCAUCGGAUUCCGGCGUCGCACAAAGCACGUCGUCUUCGAGUAGUAACACUGUUCCUCAGAGCAGUGGUAGCACCGCGUUGACUUCGAGCAGUACAGUUGUGAAUGCGAAUAAAAGUAGCGAAGAGCAGCUGCAGGUGGAGGAUGCUGAUAAGUUUGCGGCACUGCCGCCGCCUUCGUCAGCGGCAGACACGUUUGAGGAUGGUGCUUUUGUGAAGGUUGAGGAUAGUUUCGCCGCUUUUGAGGAGGACCUCACGUCUGGGGCGGAUGCAGAGCCAGCUAGUUCGCAAUCAGCUUCUGCUGCACCACCUCAAGCAAUCACUAGCCAGAUGACGGCCUCACCAGGGGUUACGACGAGCAAGCGUGAGCCUCAAAGUCAAGACAUAGUGGGCCCCAACGACACAAGUUUCGGGUCCGACGCUUUCGGAAAUAGCAUCAGUGACGAUUUUGCCACGGGGUUCCAAGCCUCUCCGAUCCAAGGGUUUGCGUCCGAAGAUGCGUUUCCUUCCGGCGGAAAAAAGUUUACAAGCGUCAACAAUGGCGAUGGCUGGGUACAUUUUCAUUACAAUUUAAAUCUUUGAUAUCAUCGUAGUUGCUUGUUGAGCUUGACGUUGCUGUUGAUUUUGGAAUGAUAUUUAUAUAUAAUAUAUGUAUGAAUGUAGCUGCAGCUAGUUGACGAAAUAGAAAAAUGCUCAAACCAUAGUAUUCGGGUUCGGCAUUUUUUUCCAUCAUAAAUAACAACAGAAUGCGGGUUUUGAUGCUGAUUUCGAUGCGUUUGAGCUAGAGGCUAUUGCUCCCUCCCCUGUCGAAUCACCAAAGCCGCAUGUGAAAAAGGCGGCGACGCCUGUGCCUGCCAUGGUCGUGGAUAAUGACCCCUACAACUAUCCCGUACCGACCAGUGCCGCGAUACCUCCAGGCAGCGCGAUGGACUCCUUUGCCCAACAUCAGAAUGCAGCACCAGGCUCUGGGAUGAAAAUUAGCAAUAUGAACGCGGCGUCGCCAGUAGCAAUAGAAAUGUCUACGCGGACAACGCCUCACAGAGCACCGGGAAAUGCCGAACAAAAGCAAAAUUCUGCGGCAGCGAGUAGACCUCCGCUUUUUCCUAGUGAUCACCAGAAUUCGGGAAACAGGAGUGCAGGGAAUCCCGCGACAAACAAGUCUGAGGCCUCAGCGAGUGGAAGCGGAAAGAUAAGUGUGAAGCUGAAAGGCGUGUCUUCCACAAAAGGCGGCGGCGCGGUUUCAGGCUCGUCGGCAGCCUCUGCCGCAGGGAUGCACAGUCGCCAUGGAGGGGCCGUGAUCGAGUUCGCUGAUGUCGACGCCCCGCCAGCACUUCAAGCAACUGGGAAGCAGCCCACUUCGGGGUACGGAAACCAGAUGACAGACGUCACAGGGGACGGCAAGGAGGAACUCUUCUUCGACCUCGAGGCUGGUGAUACGACACCUCGAAAUAGCUACAGCAAACCCCACCAUAAGGGAGGUAAGUCCUCGCCAUGCUGCCGCGCGGUGGUUUACUGCCGAAACUGGUGCCUCUAUCGUCUUGGCUGCCGCAGGCUGUUCACAUGCCUCAUCUUUCUCAUCCUUGUGGGUACUUUAAUGUUUUUUGCAAUUCUUUUCCUGUUUAAUCGAUGUUGGACGACUAAGCAUGAUAGAUUACUUUGGCAGGCGUUUAGAUGUUUCCAUUGUCUGAUAAAUACUAAAAAUGAGCAGGUUUCGGCGUGAGUUCCUACUUCUUUGGAACGGAGAUUGUUCUAGACGAGUCUCAGAAACGUUUGAUUCAAGCACACGACGCAAUGCAGAAGGGCUACCACGAGGGGAAGAAAUGGGCGCAUGCAGGAAAAGAACUCGUAAACAAGGUAGCAACUGUUGCGCACGAACAUAUUCAACAAAUGGCUGCGCAGCAACAAGGUGGAGGCAAUGCCCCUUUGGGGUCAGGAGCUUCAGGCAGCACGUCGUCUCCUAGCAGUUCUCCUUUUACAGCCGGUGCAACCACAUCAAAGCAGACGAACACGGAUAAUGGAAGUGGAGGUCGUGCAACUAAUGACCCUUUCGCUGCAUCAUGGACACGCACUUCUCAGCAGGUGCCUUCAAAAGCAGAGUCAUCAAAUCCUGGUGAGGCGCAACCUGUCCUCGGCGCUGUCCACACGGAGCAGCAACAAGGUGUAGAACAGCCUCAAGCGAGCAAUAGCCAUGAGAAGGACAUGGAGGCUAAAAUGAAGGAGAUGGAAGCAAAGUAUCAGAAGAUGCUAGGUGAUGCGCAGAAUCAGAUCAACGGGUUGCAAUCCCGCGUGGAGGGCUUCGAGCAUCAGGACGGAAAUCCCGCAGUCAGUCGCGGCAACGUAGCCUCUGCUUCUGCCAGGGCUCUCGGUGGUGUAGACGGUAACGGGAAUGGUGGACAACAGAUGCAGCAGCAUGCGACAACACCGGCACCCAGCUAUAUUGGGCAAAAAACGGGCACUGCAAUGCAGCAUAACGCAGCAGCACAGCAUAAUGGGUGGGAAUUGGCGCAGCAGCAGCGCAUAAAUCAGGGUGUAGCCGCAGAUCCUGCGUUUGAUCCUAGGAUAUCACAGCAGCAGCCGCAGCCUGGCAGUGACCUGAUGAAUACGCGAAUACUGAAACCAGCAGAAUUAGGAGCAGCUUCAGAUCCGCAUAACGGGUGGGCGCGGAGCCAGGCGGCGAUGCAGCACCCGAAUACUCAGCAAGCAGUGAACCUAGCGCAAACGGUCGCUCCAACGCAGGCGACCGAUCGUCAGCAAGGGACGAUCAACGGCGUAGAGAACGAGGCCGCGACCGUGGAGCCAGGUUUAGACCCGGAAGAGGAUGCGGAAGAGGACCGCGCAGCGAUUGACGAUAAGCACGCUGGCGAGGAGGGUGGUGAGGACCCUGAGGGACGCGACGCCGUGGACGGGGUGAAGGAGGAAGAGGGCGAAGACGGGGAGGAAGAUCGGGGCGACGAGAAUAGUGAGGCGUCGACGACCCCCUACCCUGCUGAGCUGGAGGAUGGCGUUCGAGUCGCUGACACGGAGCCUUCGACAACAUUUUACCCUGAGAUGGGUGGGGUGAUCCAGCAGCGCGACGACCCCGUCGCUGAUGGACAUCGAUACCAGUCCACAACAGCAAUACCCGCGGUCCCCAGCCCAAGCACGUACCCUUCGUCUAUACCAAACGAGCAGAAUUCUGUUGGCGGAAUGCCAAUGCAAGAUGCACAUCUAGUUCAAGAACCUAAUGCAGUACAAAACAACCAAUACCAACCCCAAUACGCUGCGGCUGCUCAGGAUCAUAAUAGGUAUCCCCCUCAAGUAGAGCGAGCAGCCGGCGGAUUCGCUGGAGGGACAUUCCCGCAGGGACAACAACAACUUCCACCUGCAUUUCCAGUAGCGACAACAAUGCCCCCGCUCCCGCAUCCUCACGACGCGGCCAUCGAUUAUGGCGUAGCAAGUCAUGCCCAGCCAGGAAUCAUGCGGGGCGCUAGCCGGGAUGUGACGCUUGCACCGAGUAGCCGGGGUGUUGGUGGGGCCUCGUCAACUCCUGGCGACGUUCGAUUAUCGGCCAUGGCAUCGCAAUCAAUCCCAACUGGUAGCGUGGCAGUUCCGACAACUGCUCCGCCUCAAGCCGUCAGCUCCUUCCGAGCGCAAGAGCAGCGAGCGGUCCCGCCACCAAAAGCUAGCACGACAGCGAUUCCAGCACCACAGCAGCAAUUCCCAGUUCGAACGGAAGUGUCAGAGGCGGAAGCUCGUCGAACGGCCACCCGCGGGCCUCCGGAGCAUAUUGCUCGACACAGCGGAGCUGUGCCGGCUUCUCAGACGGGAGAAGUUCCGGUUCGAGGCGGGGGAGAGAGCCCGGAUUCUGUUCCAAUUUUGGAUAUGCCGCAGCGUGGAUCGAAAUCAAGCAAAAAGCCCAAGAAAAACGCGAAAAAAGACGGCAAAUCUCGACCCAAGCACGUGCGCAACCGUGGAGUUUGAACACUAUAACAAAGUGUGGCCAAUUUUAAUGAAGUCGGUAUGGGUAAAGCGUCGUGGACAUUUACUUCGGCAUAGCUCAACCAUACUAGCAUAGAAUUUUUUUCCAUCUUUCCAGGAAACUCUAAAAUUAAGUAUCCCGUUUUCUCUCUCCAGGAGCGACCAUUGUAGUUUUUGCUUGAUUCAUUGACCACGUUAUGUUUCUUUGCUCGUGAGGCGACGUAGACUGUGGGUGGCCGAAAUCCUCGGCGAGAAUCAUUCAAGAUUAUUUAGAUUAUUAUAUAUAUUUUCCUUUGCUUUCCACACACAAAACUUUACUAGACUUUAGAGGUUGGGCGCAUCCCGCUGUCACGUCCAUGUGGUUGUACACGCACAAAUGAGACAUUCAUGAUAGGAUCCCACAUAGAUAUUGUUGUUGAUGUAGACCCAUCUCGCUGCCAAGCAAAAUACGAUGUAAU